GAACAACCAGUUAUCUUUUACUCUUGCGUCCUCGGGCUCGCGGGACCAGUUCUAGCUCUGACUGUACCUACAGUCAGGAGAAACUGGCUCGGAUAUACUCCCGCGGAGCCUAUACCUACCUCAUAUCCUGUGCCAAAACGGUCGAGAAAGCCUGUACAAGGCUAUGAGGAUGAAUAG